AUGACGACCUGUACUUAUAACGCACGUACGCUUGCAUCGGAAGCGGCCAUCGAAGAUCUGAUGAUGCAAGCCAAGAAGAUCAAAUACGAAGUCAUCGGGCUGACCGAGACGAGACGACGUCACCCUCUCGACGCCGUAUAUGAAACUGGAGAAGAACUGUUCUUAGGGACAUGCGACAGUAGAGGUGUUGGUGGAGUUGGCGUCCUCAUCAAAACGAGUAUGGUAAAGAAAAUCGAUUCUUUCAAACAACUUACGACCCGAAUCGGACGUCUGCGGAUGAGAAGAUGUGGUCCAACACCAGCUUUGACUACCUCGUCGCUUACGCUCCAACAUCAAGCUACGAAGAAUAAGAAGUCGUAG